AGCGGCGAAUGGGGAUAGGCGGCGACAGUGAGUGGUGAUGGCGUGAAAGGUAGCGAGAUAGGAUAAGGGGAGAAGAUGAGGGGAUGCAAUGAAUGCUAUUAUCAAAGAACAACGAUAACGAUAGCAGCAUGAUCUGAAAUCGAGCUGGUUACAUCUUUUGUCCAAGGGUUGGAGCUCUUGAAAUUGUGUAUUCCGGGCGUCAUCCUGGGAUUUUCGACCGUUCACGGAGUGGCUGAAAGAUGGUUCUUGUACCUGACGAUGAUGUCAAAGUAGAGUCCGAAUUGUAUCAACAGUUGAGGAGAGAUCUGGGAAAGAACUUUGAGUUGUUUGCCAGCACUGUGGGUCUGAAGGAAUGGAAGAAGAAAGGAGAAUUUGUGCAACCAGAACAGCAGCUCGGCAGCAAGCGGAAUGCCCUUGCAUUUCCUCCUCUCCUCACACGAUGGUCCCUACGGCAAACGAAGGAAGUUGUAAAGGACACUGGUAAACCAAUCCGAUUGAGUGAGCAAACCAAGGGGCUGCUGGACAAAGUGCUGGGUCCGAAGCGGGUGGACACGCUGAUGACGAACAUUGGCUUCGACCAGCGGCCAGCCCGCGAUGUAGAUGUACAGGAGAAAGAAGUGAAAGUGUUUGCUGCUGCGUGGGGGGCCGAUGCUACCAUGCCGAACUAUGAUCUCAACGGAACAUGGAAGGCCAGGAGGCGACACCCAGUGUACAGCAAUACAGUAGACAUCACAGACCUCGCUUCCUUGCAGCUCGGAAAGCUGGAUGACGAUAGGAGAAACCUGGUGGGAGUGGGAUCGAGAGUGCCUGAUGUCGUCAAGUUCCGCCCCAAGGAAGGGCCUCAAGCUCCUCAUCACACCAAAGUGAACGGGAAGUUCUACUGGCCACACAUGACGAACCCGGUGGCGAAGAUUCCCGUGCGGGUGGAGCCGCAGCGGAAGGUGAAGAAAGUCUCGGAUUGGCUGGUCUUCUAUGGUGAGCCUAACCCUGAUAAAAUCCCGACCGGGACCAUGACAACGUUCGAACCAAUCGCAAAGAUUGUAGCAGGAGGCAAGAGUCUGGCAAAGAACGCAUCUUGCAAGGUGGAUGGACGGACUUGGAAGAGGGAGUUCGAUCAGAUGCGCGGGAUGACAACAAAAUGAAACUGUGACUUG